AUGGCCAACAUGAACCCCAUGGGUGGUCCUGUUGGAGGUGCCCCCAUGCCCAUGAUGAACAACGGCGGCGUCAACCCCCAGGCUGCUGCGGCUGCUGCCGCCGCGUCUCGCCAACAGGCAAACGAUAACCAGCGCAGCGUUCUUAACACCUAUAUCUACGAAUACUUUAUCCGCAUGGGAAUGUACGAUUGCGCCCGAUCUCUCCUUUCCAGCGAUCAACAGGUCAACGUCCUCAGCAAGGAUGGCGCGAACCGUCGUCGCGACGAGAACGGAAAUGUCAUCAACGGUGUUGGCGACGAUCCCAUGGAUACCGAUUCGAAGGACGACAUCGAUUCCAAACUUCCUGAAGACUUGCCGCCGCCGAAGCUUCCCAUGCCUGCUUCCGACACCUCUUUUCUCUACGAGUGGUUCUCCGUCUUUUGGGACAUUUACUACGCGCAGCGCGCCAAGAGCGGAAACAAUACCAUCAACCAAUAUGUUCAACAUACUCAGAUGAGACCAGAUAUGGCUACGCAGCAAUAUCAGAUGAUGCGCAACAUGCAGAACGGCGGCAUGAUGAACAUGAAGCAGGGCAACCUUGCCCGCGCCGCCAUGGCUAACAACCAAAACAACCCUCAAAUGAUGCUACAGCAGGCCAAGCAGAACCAGAUGCAGCGAGAUCCCUCCGGUAUGGAUGGCCAAAACAGACCCUCUUCACCAGCGUCUGGGGAGAACGCUCCCUCGCCUUCCAAGCGACAGCGCAUCGAUGGCGCACCGUUCAACCCUAACCAGCCCGGCAUGAUGCCCAAUGGCCGUCCCGGUCAAGGUAUGCCAGGCCAGCAGAUGCCCGGAGGAGCCAACACUGCCGCCGCUCAACAAACGUUACUUGCCAAUGGCAUCAAUCCUCACUCAUUACAUCCUCAGCAACUGCAGAACUUUGCCGCCGCCCCGCCCGCCGCUCAGCAAAAGUCGAUCGCGACCUACUCGCAGAACCUGCAGCAACACCAUGGUACUCAGAUGGGAGGCAAGCAGAUGCCCAAUGCCGUUCCUCAAGGCCAAGGAUCCCCAAUGAUGGCCCAGGGUCCUGAUGGAACCGCUCUCAAUGCGUUCUACAACCCAGGCGAGAUGGGAGGCCCAGGCGGCAUCCGGGCGGGACCUGGAGGUCCCCAAAACGGAGGGGGAAGCAACCAUGCCCUCCAAGACUAUCAAAUGCAGCUAAUGCUUCUAGAGCAGCAGAACAAGAAGCGACUCAUGAUGGCCCGCCAAGAGCAAGAUACCGUCGGCGGCAAUGGCAUGCCCCGAGAAGGCCAACCCGGACAACCAGGGGGUCCUGGACCCAACGGCCAGUUCCCGGAUACAUCGCCCCAGGCCAUGCGACCAGGUGCCUCACCCAACCCUGCUGAGCAGAUGAAGCGCGGCACACCCCAGAUGAACAACUCUGGCAUUCCUUCACCGGUCCCCGAGGGUGGUCAAUCCCGUGGCUCUCCCAACCCGGCCAUGAACUUCAUGGGCAACCAGAUGGAUCCCAACAUGGCACCUCACUUCUUCAAGCAGAUGGAUGGCAACAUGGGAGGCCAACCUCCGAUGAACGGCGGCAUGCGACCCCCUAGCUCUCACCCUGGUCAACCCUUCAAUGGACAGAUGAACCAGCAACAGAUGAUGGCCGCCGCACGACAACAGCAAGGCCAGCCAGGCCAAGGGCCUCAAGGAAACCCCCAGCAGUGGCAGCAAGGACCCAAUGGACAGAUGGUGCCUCAGCAGAUGCAGCAGCAAAGUCCUCAGAUCCAGGGAACUCCCCAGCAACGAUCGAUGCCUCCUCCCCAAGCACCACCUGCUGGUGCAAAUGGAGCCAACAGCAGGACAACAGCAUCCCCUCAACAAGCAGCAGCUGCACCGCCAACUCCUAGCCAAGCUAACAAGGCCGCCCCCAAGAAGAAGAAGUCCGAGACCGCCAAGGAUAAGCGCGCUGCUGCCAACAAGAAGGCGAACCAGAACCUCAACAAUGCUGGUGCAACUCCUUCAAAUGAUAACAACGAGUCGCAGGAUACUCCAGCUCCUGCGACACCCAUUCAAAACGCCAAUGCUGCCAACUUCAAUAAGAAUGGGCAAGCUGGCAACACCGGUCAGAAUGGUCAGCCAACGACUGGCCCAGCUGCUAAUGCUCCCGCAGCUGCAACAACCGCUCCUCCUCCUCAGCCACCAGCUCCUCAGCACGACCCCAAUCAAAUGAUGGGUAUGGAUAACAGCUUUGGCCCAUUGUUUGAUGGCGGCGGCAUGGAGUUGGCCAACCCCCUCAACUCGGGUGACGUGCUCAAUGACUUCGACUUUGAUUCGUUCCUCCACGACCAAGAUGGUGAUAACUCAGCCUUCAAUUUUACGGAAGCUUUCCCCAUGGGAGAUGAGAUAGGAGCAGAUUAA